AAGACCGGCCCCCUGGACAUUGUGUUUGUGAUCGACAGCUCGCGCAGCGUGCGCCCCUUCGAGUUCGAGACCAUGCGGCGGUUCCUGAUCGACAUCAUCCAGAACCUGGAGGUGGGGCCCAACGCCACACGGGUGGGGGUAAUCCAGUACUCCAGCCAGGUGCAGAACAUCUUCUCCCUCAAGACCUUCUUCAAGCGGGCUGACAUGGAGAAGGCCAUCAACAGCAUUGUGCCACUGGCCCAGGGCACCAUGACGGGGCUAGCCAUCCAGUAUGCCAUGAAACUGGCCUUCACCGUCCAGGAGGGAGCACGCCCGCUGCACAAGAAGAUCCCCCGUGUGGCUGUCAUCGUGACGGACGGGCGGCCCCAGGACCGCGUGACGGAGGUGGCGGCACAGGCACGGGGUGCUGGCAUUGAGAUCUAUGCCGUGGGCGUCCAGCGGGCAGACAUGAACUCCUUACGGGCCAUGGCCUCCCACCCUCUGGAGGAGCACGUCUUCCUGGUGGAGUCUUUCGAUCUCAUCCAGCAGUUCGGCAAACAGUUCCAGGACAAGCUGUGUGUGAUUAAUUACUGCAACUUUGGAAACCACAGCUGCCAGCACAAGUGCGUGAGCAUCCCGAAUGGAUACUAUUGCCGCUGUAACGACGGCUUCACUUUGCAGGCCGACGGCAAGGCGUGCCAGGCCAGUGACAUUUGCAAUGGGAUAGAUCACGGCUGUGAGUUUAAAUGUGUCAGCACCCCUGGCUCUUACCACUGCGUUUGCCCAGAGGGACAGCAGCUCCAUGCUGAUGGAAAGACAUGCAAUAAGUGCAAGAGCAGCCAUGUCGACCUGGUGCUGGUGAUUGACGGCUCCAAGAGUGUCCGGCCUCAGAACUUUGAGGUGGUGAAGCAGUUUGUGAACCAGAUUGUGGAUUUCCUGGAUGUGUCGGCCCACGGCACGCGGGUGGGGCUGGUCCAGUAUUCCAGUCGUGUGCGCACCGAGUUCCCACUCAACCAGUAUAAGACGGCAGAAGACAUCAAGAAGGCAGUGUUGAAGGUGGAGUAUAUGGAGAAGGGCACCAUGACCGGCCUGGCCCUCAAGCACAUGCUAGAGCACAGCUUCUCAGAGGCCGAAGGUGCCAGGCCCCUCUCCCAGAACAUUCCCAGAAUUGGGCUGGUCUUCACCGAUGGGCGCUCUCAGGAUGAUAUCGCUGAAUGGGCCAGGAAAGCAAAGGAAUCAGGGAUCACCAUGUUUGCGGUUGGGGUUGGAAAAGCUGUUGAAGAGGAGCUGAGAGAAAUUGCCUCUGAGCCGGUGGAACAGCAUUUCUCGUACUCUGCGGAUUUUAGCACCAUGACUCAUAUAGUCGACAACCUCAAAGUUAACAUCUGCCCAGAGGAGGGCAAAGGGGAGAUUGAGAUCCGGAGCCCGUGUGAGUGUGAGGCCCUUGUGCAGUUCCAGUCAAACACCGUGGCCAUCCUGGAAAACCUGACAGAGAAACUCGCUCAGAUGACGGCCCGACUCGAAGACUUGGAAAAUCAGAUCGCCAACAAGAAAUGA